GACGAUCAUCAAUUCAGCGUACUGAUUCCACCUUCAAUUAAUGGAUCAACCUCAACCCCCAAGCGAACUUUCAUCCGUACAAAAGAACCUCCUCCAAAGUGAUGCCCUUCAUGAGUACAUACUGAAGACGAGUGUGUACCCACGAGAGCACGAAUUACUCAAGGGAUUGAGAGAGGAGACUAAUAAAAAACACCCAUGGAGUUUGAUGGGUGCACCCCCUGAAGAAGGUCUACUUCUUUCUAUGCUACUAAAGUUCAUGAAUGCAAAGAAAACAAUAGAGAUUGGGGUUUUCACAGGGUAUUCCCUCCUCACUACUGCUUUGGCUUUGCCAAAGGAUGGAAAGAUAACUGCUAUUGAUCCUGAUAGAAAAGCCUACGAGAUGGGUUUACCAUUUAUUCAAAAAGCAGGAGUUGAACACAAGAUCGAAUACAUAGAAUCAAAAGCUCUUCCUGUUCUUGAUAAAAUGCUUGAUGAGGUGAAAGAAGAAGAACUCUACGACUUUGCAUUUGUCGACGCCGACAAGCCAAACUACGCCGAGUACCACGAGCGACUACUGAAGCUCGUCAGGGUCGGAGGGGCGAUCGCCUACGACAACACGCUCUGGAUGGGGACCGUGGCGGCGUCGGAGGAGGAGAGCGAGUCCCUCCACCCGAUGCUGAAGCUCUACAGGGGCCCACUGGUCGAGCUGAACAAAUCCUUGGCUGCAGAUCCUCGCAUCGAGAUUUCGCAGGUCCCGAUCGGCGAUGGGGUCACCAUCUGCAGGCGCCUGUAUUGAUCCCUGAUGCUGGUCUUCGUCCAACAAUUAGGAGCUAUAUAUAUACAGCUUCAUGCUUGGGAUUGUACUUGUUAAUCCUCUAAAGAAAAAUUGAAUAAACACUGAACUGUUCAUCGGUCUAAGGACUCGUUUGGUAUGAGGUUAAGGAAAAAUGCGUCGACUGCGGGCAGCCGAAGAAGUUGUCAA